AUGGAUAUGGCAUAUUAUCCACUCUUCUCCUUUCUUGUUUUGCCACUAAACUUCUACUUUGCCUUUUCUCGCACAAACCGCCAUAGAAUUUUUCAUCGUUAUCUUCUCUUCCUCAAAGCCGGUCGCCGCUAUUGUCCUCCAAUACGGUUCAGUUUGAUCCCAAUUUCAUCAGACGAGAAAGAUGAUGAAGACAGCAGAUGCGUCGCUGCUGCUAGUGGUCAGUGA